AUGAGAAUCAUUGCCAGCCCGGGCAUCUUUGAAGUGGACUUGGUGUUCCCACGCAAUGCUACUUAUACCCCUCAGGCGCUGACGCCCAUCGUGUGGGCGCUGCAGAAUCCAAGCAGCAACCAAGGCUCCCCCGGCUCCGUCAGCGACGGACUUAUCGAGCUGAAUGAGCAGAUGACGUCCAAUGAACUUUUUCUGGUCUCGGAUUUCGUCAACACCAUUGCCUACCCAAAUGGACAUUGGACCCUGUUGUGGACCUUGGAGUUCUACAAUUGCUCUCAGCUUAGCGGCAACCCUACUGUCUACACGCGAAGCGAUCCUACCGUCUUUACCAUAAGCAACUCGGGUCAGGAACCCGACCUCCUGGCCGCCACUUCUGCCGAUGAAUGUGGCACAAUGGAAGCAUAUGCGUUCAACGUCACAUCCUUCGGUGAAGCUUGUGGCUACCUCGGCCCGACUCCAACCACCAAUCCGUGCGCCGUGACUAUCAACUCGACAGCCACUUCCAGUCUAUACGCCGCAGCCACCGCCUCCGCCUGUUCACCCUGGUCACGGAAUGCGAACGUGACCUGUCCUAGCGUGACGUCUGCCAACAAAACUGCAGGUCAAUCGCGCAUGGCCACGGUACCAGUCUUGUUGAUGCUACUGGCCACAGUGACCAACUUGAUUCAUCUUGGGUGA